UAGUCUUUAUCAAACGGUCGACUGAUUCGCACGGACCGGCGGACUGAACGUUGCUGAUAGCAUCGGGCGACGGGCUACGCGUUGUGAGGAACAGUGUGCUUACCAAGUGUUGUGAUAUUUUUAAGGAAAAAAAAUCGCAAAUAAUGUUAUCAAACCAAAGUUGUAUGUGACAGAAGUGAUAUAAGUGGAGACGAGUUAUCAAUGCAAUUAAAGUUGAUGUUUUUCAUGGAACUAGUCAUAUCGUGGCAGCAGGGAUGAAAGUUAGCAGACUCUUCAGACAAAUCAAACAUUCGGCUUAUCGAAAGAUUCGCCAGGCCACGAUCGGCGAAUGGAUUCUCAAGCUUCUGUUUGUGUUCUCCUGCAUGAUCAUCACGGUGGUACUCAUCAUUCACAAGUACCAGAGUCUGUCCAACUUCAAGAAGGCCCUCUACUAUCGUUACGUCAGCGAGGAGUCAUUCUUCAACGGUAGCCCUCGGAACGUGGACCGCGUUCGGGUCGACUGGCAUGACUAUGCAUAUAUCGAGUACGAAGCCGAACGGGAAGGCCCCGGCGAACAUGGGAAGCCUCUCAAGCUAGAAAAACCAGAAGACAUCAAGCUGAAUGAGAAAUUGUUCAAAGAAAAUGGCUAUUCGGCGGUGAUUAGCGAUAUGAUUCCGCUGAACCGCUCGGUGCCAGACAUCAGACAUGCACAGUGUCGCAAAAAACGCUAUCUGCAGGAAUUGCCAACGGUCAGCGUGAUUGUUAUUUUCUACAACGAGCAUUGGAGCACGUUGCUGCGUACUGUUUACAGUGUGCUGAAUCGCUCGCCGUCACAUCUAUUGAAAGAAAUUGUUUUGGUUAAUGAUCACAGCACAAAAGAGUUUUUGUGGGAGCCCUUGCAAGACUUUGUGCGAAGCGAACUGGCACCAAAGGUGAAGCUGAUCAAUUUACCUGUGCGGUCCGGGUUGAUUACUGCCCGAUUAACCGGGGCCAAGGCUGCCACUGGAGAUGUGCUGAUCGUGCUCGACUCACAUACAGAGGUCAACGUGAAUUGGCUUCCUCCUUUGCUAGAACCAAUCGCCGAAGAUUACCGCACGUGUGUCUGUCCGUUCAUCGACGUCAUCGCGCACGACACGUUCCAGUACCGCGCCCAAGAUGAAGGCAAACGGGGUGCGUUCGAUUGGAAGUUCCUGUACAAGCGGUUGCCGCUGCGACCACACGACAAACUGGAUCCAACGGAGCCCUUCGAAAGUCCCAUCAUGGCCGGAGGGCUGUUUGCCAUAAGUGCCAAGUUCUUCUGGGAGCUCGGUGGAUACGACGAAGGGUUGGACAUUUGGGGUGGCGAGCAGUACGAAUUGAGCUUCAAGGUUUGGCAGUGCGGUGGCAGGAUGGUCGAUGCACCAUGUUCUCGCGUUGGUCACGUGUAUCGAGGGUAUGCGCCGUUUCCGAAUCCGAGAGGAACCAAUUUCGUCACGAGGAACUUCAAACGAGUAGCAGAGGUAUGGAUGGAUGAAUACAAACAGUUUUUGUAUGAACGGAAUCCUCAGUUCGAUAAAACCGAUGCGGGAGACCUGACGAAACAGAAGGCUCUAAGAGAAAAGCUGCAAUGCAAACCCUUCAAGUGGUUUCUGGAGGAGAUUGCUCCAGACCUGUUGGUACGAUAUCCCUUGCGGGAUCCUAAACCAUUCGCAUCGGGAAGAGUCCGGAGCUUAGGCAACCCCAAGUUUUGCCUCGACUCGAUGAACCACAAAGCUAAGGAACCGAUCGGGGUGUUCAACUGUGCAGCGAACAAAACCCAUCCCCAGAGCAAUCAGUUGUUCACGCUGACCUAUUUCCGAGACAUUCGGGUUUCCAGUGUGGAAAAGUGCCUGGAUGCAUCGAGUGAUGGGUCGGAAGUAAUCCUGUUCAACUGCCACGAAUCACAGGGUAACCAACUGUGGCAGUAUGACGUAGAAACUCAAAUGAUUCUGCACGGCAAACCAAGCCGUGAUCAGUGCCUUGAUCUCGUGGAUCGGAAAGUGGUAGUGUCGAAAUGUGAUCACAGAAAGAAAACGCAACGAUGGGAGUGGGGUUUUGUGGAUCAUACCAAUUUGGACAAUUGGGAAACGUACGGAGCAAAACUGUUACCGUGAUGUUUUUUUUGAAUCACGUUGUACGCAUAGAUUUCUGUUCAUAGACUGGCUACUGUAAAUUUAAUUUAUAAAAAAGAAAUGUACUUGUGCCUUCAACCUGUAUUAUACAACAAUUGAAAAUAUACAAAGAAACCCGUU